CUCAACAUUUUGGGUUUCUUUACUGUUUGUACAUUAGAAAUGUCAUUGGUUUUUAAAUGUUUUAUUUUUUUAAUAAUUUUAUUGAAUUGUCAUAUUUGCCAAACGUCUAACAUCUCGAGAAUCAAAAAUGACAACGGUUUGCAGGAAGUACUGAAGAAAGAUUAUCAUUCGUUUUACCGAAUUACCGGAGGCUAUCGUCCUAGCAAUUCUACGUUAGCAAUGUAUGUGGUGUCAAUACGAAAAAGAAAUCGUUUCAGUAGCAUUUAUCAGCAUUAUUUUGGUGCCACACAUUUAUGUGGCGGUUCAAUAUUAAGUCCUACGCUCAUUUUGACGGCAGCUCAUUGUUUGGUUUUUGAAGGCCGAAAGGCUCGAGCUUCAAGCUUAGAAGUUGUGGCCAAAACUCCCAAACGCUUGGAGAAAACUUCAGUGACCCAGGUAUUGGAAAUCAGUAAAAUUAUACCACAUCGUCGUUAUAGUUCCAAAAGAUUCCCAUGUGAUAUUGGGCUAAUCAAACUAAAGGAUGAAAUUAAACUCGAUGGCAAAUGGGCCGAGAGCAUUAAGCUACCAGAUAACAAACCUACUGCAUACAUGAAUUGUACUGUUGUUGGUUGGGGGAAAAUGUAUGAGAAAGGUCCUUUGUCCAAUGAAAUUUUAUACGUUAGUGCCACGAUUUUCCGCCACUCAUACUGUAAAAGAGUUCUGCCUACGUUUGGUGGCAAGAAGAUAUGUGCUGGUGAUUUGCUAUAUCCUGAAAGGGAUUCGUGCCAAGGUGACUCUGGAGGCCCGCUUAUAUGUGACGUUUCUUCUUCCAUAGGUUUUGUCACUGGCAUUGUCUCGUACGGAUAUGGAUGUGCUGCUGGCUAUCCAUCCGUAUACACAAAUGUCUUUUCCUACUUGGACUGGAUCAAAGAAAACACUGGGACUAGCCGAAAGCUUUCCCUGAAUUUCAAGUUGAUCUCAUGUGCAAUACUUUUCAACGCGCUGCUGUUCUACGAGUUUUUAUGAAUUGCCAAAGAGGAUGGAAAAUAUUAGUGAAAUUAAAAAAAAAAUUCAAUCAAGACGAUUUCGAAGUUAAAAUUUUUGGCUUAAUUUCUUAAAAAAUCCAACUUUCAUGGAAGGAAAAAAUUUAAUUUUAAAUAAAAAUAUUGGAGAAUUUCUGCCAGA